CAUGCGAAACAGGAAUACCAACUUGUUUCACUUUUUCCGAAAUGCGUGGAAUGUUUCACAUAAUAAAAGUUAACUUUACAAAAUAACUUUCAAAACAAUAAUAAGAAAGAAUUUAACAUUUUCCCAAACAUAAAAUUCGAAAGAGUUCAAGAAUCCUUGAAACUUCGACUUCUUGGAAAAUACUUUGAAUGAAAAUUUUCAACAUAAGAACUGAUUCACACAAUUUACAUUUUAAAAAUUUAUUUAUGUGUAUUUUCUUCAAAAAAUCAAUAAAUUAUGAGUGAUAACUCAAUAACUAAAAUGCUGAAAUGGAGUGUGUUGUGCGAGAGAGAUAGAAAAUAGCAUUUCGUUUUCGAAUUCGAAUUUUUAGGUUAUCUUAGUGAGGUUAUUUUAUACAAAAAUAUAAACAUUUUUAGAUUUUUACAAGUUCUCGUAUUGAAUAUCUAACAUGUUGUUUUACUCUUUCUUCAAAUCGCUCGUCGGCAAGGACGUAGUCGUUGAGUUGAAGAAUGAUCUUAGUAUUUGUGGCACUCUUCAUUCAGUGGAUCAAUAUCUAAAUAUAAAACUAACCGACAUCAGCGUGACAGAUCCUGACAAAUACCCUCACAUGUUAUCAGUGAAGAAUUGUUUCAUUCGAGGAUCAGUGGUUCGGUACGUCCAGCUACCCGCCGAUGAGGUGGACACACAACUGCUACAGGAUGCGGCCAGAAAAGAAGCAAUGGCCGCCACCAGAUAGAUCAUAACUUAUUUUUAAACUGUCAACCACACUCCAUUAAUCAAUAACCAUUAAUUUAUAAUAAGUUGUACAAUCAAUAUCAAUAAAAUAAUUAUUUGAUUCUUUUGAUAAA